AUGGUGUCCAGUGACCGACCACGCCGACCCCUCCCUCCGGGGUUUGGAGCCGUGCGACACCACACCAAGGACAUCUCUCUGGGUGUCGUUUAUGAGCACCACUACGCCCCAGCGGCUGUGAGACCUCUCGAGCAAGGUGAACUGGUGGAAGGCACGCUGCGGCCCGCCGUGUGUCGCGGCAAGGUGGGCUUCCUCUUCGUGGGGUCCAAGAAUUCGAACACAGCGGACCAUGCCCGGUGCUGGCUGGGCCACAUCCUGCUGCAGGAGUUGCAGAAGGGGAGCCUCAGCGAGGUGGAGUAUAUCGCGGCAGAGCUGGCCCCUGUGCCUCCCCAGUGGAUGUGGCACGUGUGGCCCCCUUCUGACGGAGAGACGGCAGAGGGGGGCGGAGCAGCUUUCGUGGAGGUUUGCAUGGCCGUUGGCCCGGUGGGCAUCGCCCUGACUCUCAGUGGGCCGGAGGCGCCGCGGGCCCAUGUGCAGCGGGUGUUGUACCAGUACUGCACCCAAGAGGCCACCUGGACUCCCAUUCCAUCUGCGCCUCACACCGGGCAUUUGGACAAGGUGCAUCGAACCCGUGAAAUCCCGGCAGAGCUUGCAAAGCAGCGCCUUAGAGGCGUUCCAGCACCGGAGGCGCCCUCCAAGCUGCUGACGAGGUCCCUGGAGGAGUACCGGGAAGUGGAGAAGCAAGUCCAAGGAGCUGUAAACCAGUUGGAGGACAAUUGGCACCAGCCGCUGCAGCUUUUGCAGCAGUCCUACAGCCGAUUUGUGGGCAUGAUACCCUCCCCUAGUCAAUAA